CUGGUGCUGGCGGUGAGGCCCGGCCCGAGGGUCUCCAACUCUUUCUGUCCGUCAGUGCCACUGCGACCUGCUGCUGCCAAGACAGAAGAAUAAUGCAGGCAAAAAUGUCCAAGCCUACAGAGACUGAGAGGUGCAUUGAGUCCCUGAUCGCUGUCUUCCAGAAGUACGCCGGGAGGGAUGGGAACAGCAGCAAACUCUCCAAGACGGAGUUCCUAACGUUCAUGAAUGUAGAACUGGCUGCCUUCACCAAGAACCAGAAGGACCCUGGCGUCCUUGACCGCAUGAUGAAGAAGCUGGACCUCAACAGUGAUGGGCAGCUGGAUUUCCAGGAAUUUCUUAACCUCAUCGGCGGCUUAGCCCUAGCUUGCCACGACUCCUUCCUGGCGGCCCAGAAGCGUCCCUGAGGCCCUUGGGCCUGGCCCCACACCGUCCCCGCCAGGUGCUUGGUUAUCACCUGCUCCUCCAGCCCACACGGGCCCAGCCCACCGCCACCCCAUGCAGUCCACUUCUGCCGGAAGUAAUAAAAGCAAAUCUUUGUUUUUUUAAAAAAAA